AUGUCAAGUUUCAGCUUUCUUGAAAUGCAGUACAACAACCUCUCAAAGAGAAAGUUCUUGAAAAAACCUUCGAGAAUGUUUUCAAGGGACAGGCAAAGUUCGUCGGGCCUUUUCCCCAUCUACUUGCCGAAUACCAACGAGCUUAGGCAAAUAUUCAACAAAUUCGACUCCAACAAAGACGGCAAGAUAUCACCAGACGAGUACAAGGCUAUACUAAAGGCAUUGGGGAAAGGAAGCCUCAUUGCCAAAGAAGUUAAGAAAAUAUUCGAAGUUGCAGAUUUGGAUGGCGAUGGGUACAUAGAUUUCGACGAGUUUGUGGAGGUGCAGAAGAAGGGCGGUGGGGUGAAAACGGCUGAUUUUCACCGUGCUUUCCAGGCAUUCGACAGAGAUAAUGACGGCAAAAUUACAGUUGGUGAAGUGUAUGAGUUGCUUAAGAAUCUUGGGGAGAGGUGCAGCUGGCAAGAUUGCCAGAAAAUGGUGAGGGCCGUGGAUAGCAAUGGAGAUGGAGUGAUCGACUCGGAGGAGUUCGUGACUAUGAUGACUCGUACCAUGACUAUAUGUUAA